AUGCUGGAGGAAAUUCACGGCCGUCUCCCUCAGCUGCCAACCGAUCACAACGCAUUCACGCUAGGCAGCGUGCAUGGACACAAUGUGGUGAUUGCCUGCUUGCCGUCAGGUAUUUACGGGACCACAUCAGCAGCAACGGCGCUUGCCGAAAUGAGAUCAAUGUUUCCACUACUUCAAUUUGGCCUGAUGGUUGGUAUUGGAGGAGGAGUACCUGGAAAAAUCGACGUUCGACUUGGAGAUGUGGUGAUCAGCAAGCCGACUGCGAGUGGAAGCGGUGUGAUACAGUAUGAUUACGGGAAAACAAUGCGGGAUGGAUACAUUCAGCGUAUAGGAUUUCUCAAUAAACCUCCCCAGGUCUUGUUGACGGCAAUAAGUCAGAUUGAAAGCGAUCAUAUGAUAGGACAACGACAGAUCAAAAAAAAUAUUGAUGACGUUCUUGAGAAAAAUAAAGAAAUGAGAGACCAGUUCUCUCAGCCUAAAGAUGACAGGCUUUUCCGCGCGACAUAUCCCCAUGAAGACAAUGCCCGUGGCUGUUCGUCUUGUGACUUGAACCAAUUGAGCCACCGUCAGCCUCGGAUAACGGAUGAGCCUCAUGUCCAUUAUGGACUAGUGGCCUCUGGAAACCAAGUUAUGAAAGACGCGCAGACACGAGACCAGAUUGCUCAAGAGCUAGAUAUCAUCUGCUUUGAAAUGAAGGCAGCCGGGCUAAUGGACCAGCUUCCAUGCCUGGUGAUUCGCGGCAUUUGUGACUACUCUCUGACUGCUGCAGCAUAUACAAAGUCGCUGUUAUCAGAGGUUCCUGCCGUGGUCCCAACUGCCGUACCAGAAAAAAAUGUGGGGUUUACAACGGAUGAGUACGAAUGUCUGCGCAGUUUAUUCCUGACUAAUCCUGCUGAUAUUAAAACCGCACUGAAGCAAAAAAAGGGAGAUCGUGCUGAUGGGACGUGUGAAUGGAUAUUAAAAACAGAAGAGCUCUCAGAUUGGCUUGAGGGCUUAGAAAAUAAUUACCAAAAUGGGUCCAAUAUCUUUUGGUUGCACAGCAAUCCUGGGACAGGAAAGUCAACCAUGGUUAUUACCAUGACGGAUGAGCUUCCAAAGCAACCUGUUUUCGCCAGCGGGAACAAGGUACUUGCAUACUUCUUUUGCGACUCUAGCGAGGAAAACCAAAGGACGGCUAUUUCGAUAUUACGUGGCCUACUCUAUCAACUAAUUCACCAAUGUCCAAGGCUUAUUAAAUAUCUUCUUGCAAAAUAUCCUGACCGCAAAGAGACACUAUUCACAUCAUUUGAUGCACUGUGA